CCGGCCGCGGCGGCGGCGGCGUCAGGGGGAACCUCUUGCCUUACCCUCGGCUCCUCUUUGUUUGUGAUGGCGGCGGUGCGGGGCCUGCGGGUCUGUUUGGAGCCUGGGCCCGGGGUCGGGGUCGGGGCCGGGGCCGAGGCCGAGGGCGCCGCCUCUGAGCGGGACGACGAGCCGAUGGAGGUGGAGGAGGGAGAGAUCGAGCCGGAGCCCGAGGCCGAGGCCGAGCGGCUGGACACCAUCUCGGUGCGGCGCUCCCUGAAGGACCUGAUCCCGGACACAAGCCGACGUUAUGAGAACAAGGCUGGAACGUUCAUUACUGGCAUUGAUGUUACCUCCAAGGAAGCAGUGGAAAGGAAGGAGCAGCGAGCAAGGAGAUUCCAUUUCCGGGCAGAGGUGAACGUCACACAACGGAAGGUGGUGCUGGACAAGGAGAUCUUGAAGGAAGCCAUCCCCAAAGUUCGCCUGGAGGCUCUUCACGUGACUGGAGUCGAUGAGAUGAGCACUGAGGAGAUCUUUGCGUAUUUUAAGGAGUAUCCACCGUCCAGCAUCGAAUGGAUUGAUGACUCUUCCUGUAACGUGGUGUGGCUGGAUGACGUCACAGCUGCCCGAGCCAUGAUAAACCUGAGUGUUGGUUUAAAUGUGAAUACCAGGGCCCACUCUCAGGCUGCAGUCAGAGGCAAACUCAACUCUAUAAAGCAAGAUAGCCCCAGUGAGCAGGAGACAGCUGAGAGGGCUGAUGAGGAAGAGGAGGAGGAAGAAGGGGAGUUGGAGAAGGAGCCGACAGACUCUGAGGAGGUGGAGUGCAAGGCAACUACAACAGAUAGUGAGUUGGACACAUUAUCGCAGGCCGAACAAGCUUCGAUCCUUCGAAAUGAUUUGCGACAGGCGAUAAGGGCACCCCCGGGGAACAAACUGCAACUCCGAUUUGCCACAAAAGAUGAUCGGAAGGAAUUGGGAGCAGCGAGACGGAGUCAGUAUUACAUGAAGUAUGGAAAUCCCAAUUACGGAGGGAUGAAGGGGAUUCUGUCGAAUUCCUGGAAGCGACGGUAUCAUGCCCGGCGGAUUCAGAGAGACAUUCUGAAGAGAAAAUCCUUCCUGCCUGAUGAUGUGGGGCUGACAUCACGUUACAAAGACCAUCACUCUGGCCUGGGGAAUGUUCCUGAGGAGCCGAUUCAGGAAGAGGAUGAGGACGAGGAUGAAACGGAGCAGGAUAUGGAGGCAGAUGACCGGGUGGUGGUGGAAUAUCGUAAUGAGAGCCACCCAGGCGGACACUUGAGUCCCCGGGGCUCGGAUUCUGAUGAGAUGGACUAUGAUCUGGAACUGAAGAUGAUCUCGAUGCCAUCACCCAAGAAGAGUUUGAAGAUGACAAUGUACGCGGAUGAAGUGGAGGCCCGGCUGAAGACUAUUCGGAAUUCGAUAAAGCCCGAAGCGAACGUGACGGUUGUGUCCAGCCACCUGAGGAACCGGCUUGGAGCCAGGCUGGCAACAGAGAAGGUGGCGGACGUGCGGUUACUGCUGGAGGAGAAACGGCAACUCGCAGAGAGACAGCAACCUGCUGGACCGGGCAGCAGCUCAGUCACCAGCACCGGUGUAAGGCAGCGCCUGGGGAAGCGGCCCCAUUCCCCUCAGCCUGGCAGCAUCGGGGUCACCCGCAGGGAGCCCCAGACAGAUGUUCACAGCAGGCUGGGCUUCCCCAAGCAGGAGAACAGGAGCUACAUACCCGACAAGAGCAAGAAGAGCGGGAGCCUAUGGAGCCGGCUUGGCAAAACCCCAGGAAAAUGUGAGAAGAUUGUGGAGAAAAGUGCAGAGAAAGAGCCAGCCGCAGGGCAGGAGGAAGAGGAGGAAGUGGUGGUGAAAGAGGAAAAGGAUGAAGAUGAUGACACUGAGCUGCAGCGUGCAUGGGGCGCUUUGAUCAGAGAAAAGGAGCGAUCGCACAAGAAGAGUCGAUUAGAUAACCUCCCGUCGCUGCAGAUCGAAAUCAGCCGGGAGAGUUCCACCUCGGACAGUGAAUCUUGACCCCUCAAUGCCCUGGCCAUGAACUCUGACCCCAUCACAGAGAGAAAUGGCUGCUCACUGGGCACACGUACACAACUGGCCAGGACCUGAGCUGGAAACAGACACUUGUAUUUGGAACAAACUCACCCUGAAAUGUUACCGUUUACCUUCCAAGCUGAAUUAAAUUUAAUCUUGAA